AUGUCUUUUGAUAAUGUCAAUUUAGUGGAUGUUAAGCCGAGAAAAAACCAAUAUGUUUUUCUUACUGUCGUAGUAUGUACUGCGAUAAUACAUCCAACAGUAAUGGGAUACGAUAGUAUGAUGAUAGGGUCUAUUCUCAAUCUUCCACUGUAUACGACAUAUUUUGAUUUGACUCCCGUUACUAUUGGGCUAAAUACUGCAAGUAUGUGGAUGGGUCAGAUUAUUACAUGUUUGGUUAUCAAUUGCUAUUUUACCGAUAAAUGGGGGAGACGUCCAACUAUAUUGGUUGGUUUGCUUCUCACAAUAGUGGGUGUUGCACUUCAGACCGCUGCUCAAAAUAUUGGAAUGUUUGUGGUAGCUAGAAUUAUUUUGGGAGGUGGUUGUUCGGCCUGUUUGGUUGCGGCGUCGGCUUUGGUCACCGAACUUGCUCCUAUUAAAAAAAGGGGCCUUUUAUCUGGUCUUUGUUUUACCUGCUUUGGUUUUGGAGGUAUCAUAGCAUCUGUUGUUACAUUCGGUUCUAGGAAUGUGCCUGGAACUUGGUCCUGGAGAAUCCCAUCUUUGGUGCAAGGCAGCUUCUCGCUAUUUGCUGCUACGAGCCUAAUUUUCACACCUGAGUCGCCCCAAUUUCUAUUGAUGAAAGGCAAAAAAGAGAUGGCUGUCGAAAUCUUAGCCAGUUGCCAAAAUGUCUCACCAGAGGCUGCCGACGCGCUAGCGGAUGAAUAUCUCAUUGAAAUCGAAGAAAAUUUUAAUAAUGGAGCACACAAAGGCUUUCCAUGGUUACAGUUCUUUAAAGGUAAGGCGAAUCGUCGGCGCUUGGUUAUAUUUUUUUCUCAGGCUGUAAUCACUGAGCUCGCAGGUUCCUCAGUUGGUUCGUAUUUUUUUUUCUUUAUUACUUGA